AUGAAGAAGGUAGCUUUAGAAAGGUACACAAAAAUGAAGGGCAAUGCUCCCGAACGUUUGGUCUCAGGUUCAGAUGAUUUUACCAUGUUCUUAUGGGAACCUAGUGUCAGCAAACACCCCAAAACUCGUUUGACUGGUCAUCAACAGCUCGUCAAUCAUGUUUAUUUUUCACCUGAUGGGCAAUGGAUUGCAAGUGCCUCCUUUGACAAGUCAGUCAAGUUAUGGAAUGGUAUUACAGGAAAGUUUGUAGCUGCAUUUCGUGGCCAUGUGGGGCCCGUCUAUCAAAUAAGCUGGUUAGCGGACAAUAGGUUGCUUUUGAGUGGGAGCAAAGAUUCAACUUUAAAGAUUCGGAAUAUCCGAACACAGAAGUUGAAACAAGAACUUCCAGGCCAUGCAGACGAAGUUUUUGCAGUUGACUGGAGUCCCGUUGUGUUUGGAAAUAACUACGAUGAUAUACUAUGGUUAUCCGAAAUCCCGAAGAAGUGUGAUGAUAAGAAGCGCUCUGUAUUUAUUGCCCUUAGUUCAGCUGGCAGUGCACCGGUACUUCAUCCCGCCGGCAGCCGCAGUAGGAAGGGGCUAGAUCUAAACAAGAAGUCCAACAAGGAAGAAAGGGGAUAUACAAAAGAAGCUUUAGAAAUAAGUGCAAAGCUGUUAGAAGUGAAUCCAGAGCAUUAUACUGGUUGGAAUUACCGAAAACUUGCCGUACAACACUUUCUCAAUCACCAGUCAGAGAUCGAAGUUGAUUCCGAGUCUAUCCAUUCAGUUCUAAAUGAGGAAUUGAAAGUUGUAGAAAAUGCAUUGAAGAAGAAUUUUAAGUCUUAUGGUGCGUGGUAUCAUCGCAAAUGGGUUCUGAGCAAGAGGCAUUCUUCCACAGACAAGGAAUUGCGUCUUCUGGGCAAGUUUCAGAAGUUGGACUCCCGGAAUUUCCAUGCCUGGAACUAUAGGAGGUUCAUAACGAUGUUAAAGAAGAUAUCAGAUGAAGAGGAACUGCAAUACACUACAGAUAUGAUAUACGAUAAUUUUAGCAAUUAUUCUGCCUGGCAUAACAGAAGUGUGCUUUUGUCUCAUCUAUUCGAGAAAAGAGGAGAAAGACAAAGUCACAAAGAGAGCGUUUUGGAAGAGGAAUUUGAGUUUGUACGUAAUGCUCUAUUUACAGACCCGGAUGAUCAAAGUGGUUGGUUUUAUCAUCUUUGGCUCCUGGAUCAAACGGCAUGCAUUUCCAGUCUAAAGAUAGAAUGUUUCCACUCGUACUAUAUUUCAACGAACCAGUUGAAGGAUUGCCCUGUAAAAAUUUUCGUAGCACAGUUUCCGGGUAUUGUUUCAUCAAGUGGUUUCUCCUGUAGUCUGAGUUCGCACAUAGAGUUCUCACUGUGUGUACCAUCCCAUGAUCGAGAACAUGCAGAGGGGCAAACAAUACCGAGAUUUUCAUGGAAAGAUAAAAUUUUUUGCUCAGAUGGUAUACAAUCUCAGGAUGCUAGCUUGCUACACUCCCUUCAUCAAUUAAAAAUCACUGAGGAGGGUAAAUCAAAGGCGGCUUCUGAUUGGAGUAUGAAGACCAUAGCCAAUGAAAUUAUUCACUGUCGGGAACUAUUGUCAUCAACAAACUGUAAAAUUGGGAAACUGACUCUUGCAAGAUUGCUGAUGGCACAAAACCAAUUGAUCUCAUAUGGUAUUCCAAAUGACGGAAUUGAGGUCCAUUACAAAGAAAUUCUUGGACUGUAUCAUGAUUUGAUGAAGUUGGACCCUGUACAUAUUUGUUACUAUGAGGAUGAGUACAGCCUAGUCCUAUUAAAACAGGUGACUUCGAGUAUGGAAUCUAUUCUGAGAUACUGUAAUCAAUAUGGAGAUUCAACUUCACCAAGUAUAUCUCAGCCACAACAAAAUUCGAUAAUUGAAGGUUUGAAGGUUCUGCAAUUGCUUUCUUGCUUGAACCUUAGCAACAAUAAAAUUUGCAGUUUUACUGCAUUGGAUCCCUUAAGAAUGUUGAAAUCAUUAAAGGUAUUAGACAUUUCAUACAAUGAGAUUGGUCCUCACUCUGUUGACACAAGAAGGUAUUUAUGCUCAUCUCCCAUGACACACACAGUCGAAAAUGAUUGGAAUUUCGAGGAAUUUACAAAUUCAGGUGUCGAGUUGACAAAUCAUUGGGAAGCUUUUUUUAUUUUCCGGGGCUUGAAUUUGAUACAAUUAGAUAUUAUGGGAAAUGCAGUUGUUAAUGAUGAGUUGAAAUUAUUUCUGUUUAAGUUAAUGCCAUCACUGAAGUGGCUUGAUUCUGAAAAUCGUAAUUAG